UGUGGGAACGAACGCAACGUGUGUGUAUCUUAAAAACUAAUAUGUCAAAAACUAUCAAAAAUAUAUUCCUGAUCAUUAUGUUGAGUGGCGAAAUCAAAAUGGAGACAUACAAAACUGAUAGUCCCGUAGAACGGAUCGGAGGAAGAUUUUACAAGAAGGUAUUACUGACAGACCAAUUUGCCGCUCCAAAAGAGUUGUGUUACGACUCGUCGAGUAGAAACCUAUUUUUUAUGUACAUGGAUGACGUGAUACAGAAUUCGGGUAGAGCUUCCAUUAACGUGGUAACAAAAGAAGCUGUAAAAAUCAAGGGCAUAGAAAGAAAUAAAGCUACAGCUGUGGAUCCAGACACUGGUGAAGUUUAUUUCGGAUCUGAUAAUGGACUUUAUAAAUACGAUCCCAUAGAUAAAAAAGCUGUAAAUAUAGGCUUGUACAAUGUGAAUAUAAUGAAAAUUGUAAUUAGGAAUAACGAAAUGUAUUUAAUUGAUGCAAAUAAUCAUAAACUUUAUAAAGUGUACGAUGAAGGUACAAGAACAAUUUCGGUUGGUAAUUACAAAACUGUGAUGAAUUUUGAAGUGGACAGUGUUGGACACUUGCAUUUUGUUACAAUGUGUGGUUUAUUCUGUGCAAUUAACAGAGGACUUGCAGUGAAAAAUAAAGAUUUGCCAACGGCGCACCAUUUGAUAGUGGGUGAAGAUAAAACAUAUGCGGUCUAUAAUGACGGGUUGUACAAUGUUGAUUGUGUUAAUGGUACCGCAGAGAGAGUUGCUGAUCUUAAUUUCGAUGCGAGGAGUAUCGUGUUUGGUGAUUACGGUGAUGUGUUUUAUGCGGAAGAUGAUAACAUAUACGUGUUGAAACCUAUACGAUCAUAUCUAUUAUUUUGGAGGAAAUCUCCAUGAAAAACAUGGGAUAGUA